AUGGUCCAAAAAAGACUGGAGCAUCAUGUCGAGUACGUUGAUGGGAUACCGAUGAAUCAGUUUGGAUUCAGGAGGGGAAGAUCGACGUCUGAUUGUGUUUCUGUUUUUGUUUCUGACGUAACUAGGGGUUUCGUUAGCCGCGAACAUACUCUCGCACUUGCGGUUGAUUUGAAGGGAGCAUUUUCCAAUAUCCUUCCCCAAUCCAUUUAUAACAGAUUGAUAGAAUUGAAAGUCUCAGCUAGAAUCAUUAAUUUUAUCUCAUUUAUAACUACAGUCAAACAUCUAUUUUUCAAUGCUGAGAGCAAAGAAUUUAGAGAUUCCUAUAUAGGUGUUCCACAGGGUGGUGUUUUGUCUCCGCUACUGUUUAAUUUGUCACUGAGCAGGAUUGGUGAGGUCAUGCCUGGUGUGGUCAAGUGGCUGAUGUUUGCCGAUGAUUUGCUCCUUGACAUCACAUCUAAGGACCUGCAGUCUUCCCUUCGCCUUUUGGAGAAAGCAAUUACGGACUUGACUCCCUGGCUGGCCGAAGUCGGCUUAUCUAUAUCCCCGGGGAAGUCCCAGUUGACCAUCUUUUCAAGGGCAAACGAGAACUUUGAGAACUGCUUCAUUAAGAUAGAGGAUACUGUAGUCUCAGCACAGACAGAUAUGACCUAUCUGGGUAUUAUAUUGGACAAGAAACUCACCUGGCAAAAACACAUUAGGGAAAUCUCACAAAAAGCAACAAAAACACUUAACCUGAUCAAGUCAAUGACCAGGAUUUCCUGGGGGGCUAAUCCUUCAUCCAUGCUAACAGUGUUAAAGAGCCUAACUCGCUCACAUCUUGAAUGGGGUAGUCAAUUUUUUGCCGAUUCGGCUCAGUGCAAUCUGGGGCCAUUGGACCGGAUCCAAAAUCAAUCUCUACGAAUUAUCCUUGGCUGCAUGAAAUCAACGCCCAUUAGUAUACUCUUGUCUGAGUCUAAUAUUUCUCCGCUAUCCAUUCGUAGAACCCUGAUCAACAGACGUCAUAUGAUUCGUAAUUUGUCUUGGACAUUGAAUCCACUUUCUACCAGCCUGCAUUGUUUGCAGGAUAGAAUUGGGAUAAAUGUUCUUGUUCCUAACCCCUCUUCAGGAAUUCGUUCGUCAUUGCUGGUGUCGUUUGGGGAUGUAUCACAAAUCAUGAGUAAAUGUGGCAGAACCAAAAAGCCCUCCCUUCAGUACGAGAUGUCCUGGGAUGAGCUCACUAGACACGUUGAGGUGGACCUCCAAUCUGGUCUGGAAAUUAAAUCGCACUCCUCCCCACCACAAGCAUUUUCCGAACUCCUCCAAACUAAAUAUGAAAACUACAUAGAUAUUUAUAACGAUGGAUCGCAUGAUCCAGUCAAGAGUUCUUCGGGUGCUAGUUUUGUGAUACCAAAACUAAAUAUAAACUUUAGCGUUCGUCUGAGUGGCCUUAUGUUGAUUGAUUCAUGCGAACUUUAUGCUAUUCUUUCAGCUGUAAAGGAGGCUGUUCGACUGAAUCUUGAUAAUGUAUUAAUUAUUUCCGACUCACAAAAUGCUUUAAACGAAAUCAAACACCGUAUGUCUAAUUCUUUGCCCCAUCCUCUACUUAAGAGAAUUAUAACUGGAAUCAUUACCCUGAUAGAUAGAGGUAGUGGAGUUUCGCUUGUUUGGAUCCCCUCUCAUUCGGGUAUUCGGGGAAAUGAGCUUGCUGAUGGUUGGGCUCGGAACGCCCUCUCCCUCCCUUUCGGUAAUCUCCAGGGUGGCCCUCCACGUGAUCUCCUUCAGAUGAUUAAUAAGGAUUACGAACACUGGCUGAAUCUCUCCUGGCCUUAUUCCUUUACCACUCCCCUAACAAAUAAAUACUUCAACUAUAUCACGGUCAAAACAAAAAGGCCUUGGUUCAGGGGUGUCGAGUCAUCAAGGAGAAAUAUUAAUACUAUCACACGACUACAUUUGACAUCCGAUUUUGAUGCUUCUGCUCCACAUGGAUCACCAUUAUUCAAGCCCUCCUUAAUUCACGACAAACCCCAAAAAUUUGACUUCCUCCUUGCACCAAUUUGA